CACCUAUGACUAGCCUUAAUACAAACUGCUAUUACAGAGAAACAUUUUCCUGUUCUUUUUGUAGUUUAUGUUACUCCUAAUUUUAUUUCUCACCUAUUGUUCUACAGCUAUUACAAAUAGUAAUGAUGUGCCCACUUUGGAGCCAUUGUCCACAACGGAGAUGUUAGACCAUGAGCAAGUGUUCUUGAAUGCCCCACGGUUCCAGUCAUUAAAACAAGUGCUAGCCAGGAAUGGCAUCAACGUUGAAAUGUCUGGUGGAGUCCUGGUCUGUAACAAUCUCAUUGCAAUCAAAAGGACUGAUGGUGGUGGAAUUACGGUAGAAGGAUGUAUAUCUGAAGAAUAUUUCAAAGUGAAAGAACUUCUCUACGAACAAUAUGCAAUUGUCUGAAAGUCAGUGUACUUCCUGAACAAUUUGUAUGGCAAUGCACACGUACAGUCCAAUCAAUCAUAGGCCCUUUCCAUGAUAGAUGGAUUAUGCACAGGACAUAUGUG